AUGGUCAACGUCAAAUCCCUCCUUUUCCUCGCCUUCGCUGCGAGCGCUAUCGCGGCCCCAAUUGACUCUGCUGAGUCGAUCGAAGCGGGUGUUGCUCAGGUGGAUACCACUCCUGUUGAAGUUUCAAACUCUCUCUUUGAUACUACAUACCACUGCCGCAAGUCCACGGAUAAGGCUAAAACGAACAACAAAGGCGCUACAAUAGCAGAUAUUUCAAAGAGCAAGGCCCUUGCCAGUGCUAAAUGGGCAGGUGCCACCAACGGAGGAACUCUCAGCGGAUACCCGAAGGUCUUCGAUAACAAGGGCGGUCUCAAGUUCGCGAAGCCGUGCAACAAGAAGGGCCACACCAUUUACGAAUUCCCUAUCGAAAUCGGCCAAAAGAACAAUUACCCCAAGGAUUCAAAGAAGGGAAACACCAACCCUGGCCCCAUCCGCGUCUACUACGACCAGCACUUCAACUUCUGCGGUAUUGCCACCAAGCCAAAUGUUGAUAACUCUGGUGCUCCUCACCUGUGCGACGCUUCGCUCCUGUAA